AAGUAUCACACCAACACUACACUGGAAAACCAUCGACUGUGGCUUGGCUUUGGUCUUUCUUUUUCUGUGUCACUCUGACACACCUCUGAGAUCGAGAUUCUCAUUCCUAGGGUUUUAAGUCCCUCGCAUAUUCUCGAGAAACAAGCAGAAAAAGCACAAGAACUUAUUUCCUGAACUACUAGGCUUUAACAUUUUCAAUUUUCACCAACAAGCCCUAGACGAUCCUUUGCAUGAUAAAUCACAGCUUCUACUACUUCAACUGCUUACUUAAAUUCAAUUUCAGAACUACGAACACGAACAAGAACUCGAACUCGAACAAGAACGAUUAUCUUCUUUUUUUCCAUGGAUAGAUCUAGAUCUAAGCGGAACUACUACUACGAUCACCAGGACUACGAUGGAGAACCGACCAUGGGAAGGACCAAACCUCGAUACAACCACCAUUAUGCUCCCAAUAACUAUCGCCAGCGUGGCGGGGCCAAUUCGGUGAACAAUAACAACAGCAAUAACAGGGGAGCAUCCGCAAACCCUAAGGACUCGUUGAUGGUGACCACCACGUACCGCAUUUUGUGCCACGAUAUGAAAGCCGGAGGUGUGAUCGGGAAGUCCGGUAGCAUUAUCAAGUCUAUUAGGCAACACACGGGCGCGUGGAUCAACGUGCACGAGUUGAUCCAGGGGGAUGAGGAGAGGAUUAUUGAGAUAUCGGACACGAGACGGCGGGACCCCGAGGGGAGAAUGCCGGCGUUUAGUCCGGCACAGGAGGCGUUGUUUUUGAUUCAUGAUAGGAUAUUGGAGAGUGAUGGUGGUGGUGGUGGUGGUGGUUAUGGUGGUGGAGAGGAGGAGGACGAGUAUGGUGGAGGAUUUAGAGGAGGAGGGGGGAAUAGAGUGGCGACGAGAAUGGUGGUAUCGAGAAUGCAUGUGGGGUGUUUGUUAGGGAAAGGAGGGAAGAUUAUUGAGCAAAUGAGGAUGGAGACUAAGACUCAGAUUAGGAUUUUACCUAGGGAUCAUUCUUUGCCACGUUGUGUUUCAAUGUCAGAGGAGAUUGUUCAGGUUGUAGGUGAUAUUAAUAAUGUGAAAAAUGCUAUAGCAAUUAUUUCUUCACGCUUGAGAGAGAGUCAACAUCGUGACCGCAGUCAUUUCCAUGGACGAUUACAUUCACCAGAACGAUUUUUUCCUGAUGAGGAUUAUAUUCCUCAUAUGAACAACACGGCACGACGGUCAGCCAUGGAUGGGGCAAGAUUUUCUGGCUCCAACUAUAGAAGUCAUAGCUAUAAUUCACGCAACUCUGGGUAUUCUAUGGAACUUGGUGCUGCUCCUGGUUCAGAAAGUGGGCAGCCCUUUUAUGGUGAGGACCUUGUGUUUCGAAUGCUUUGUCCAAUCGACAAGAUAGAUAGAGUUAUCGGAGAGUCUGAGGGCAUAGUAGAAUUGCUUCAGAAUGAAAUUGGUGUUGAUGUUAAGGUUGCCGAUCCUGUUACUGGUUCAGAUGAACAAAUAAUCACAGUCUCUUCUGAGGAGGGUCCUGACGAUGAGUUGUUUCCAGCCCAAGAAGCAUUGCUGCAUAUCCAGACCCGCAUCGUUGAUCUCAUUGCUGAUAAGGAUGAUCUCAUUACUACUAGGUUAAUUGUACCAUCGAGUGAAAUUGGGUGUUUAGAGGGAAAAGAUGGAUGCUUAACUGAAAUGAGGAAAGUAACUGGUGCAAAAAUACAGAUUCUGCCAAGGGAAAAAGUUCCAGCAUGUGUAUCUGGGACAGAUGAGCUUGUACAGAUUGUAGGGGAUAUCAAAGCCGCUCGAGAUGCUCUUGUUGAGGUGACGACAAGAUUGCGGAGUUACUUAUAUAGGGAUUUCUUUCAGAAGGAUACACCGCCUUCUUCUAUUUCUGCGGCAGGUCCUGUUGGUAGCUCUUCCGGAAUGGAGGCCACUUCUCCUAAUAACAAUACUCCUGUUCGUGAAGGUCAGGCUGCUUGUGAUCCUCCUGCUGCUACUAAUCAGAAUGUGCAAACUGUGGCAACAACACAACUAUCAAAGGAAGCUGGAGGGUCUAUCAGUGAGAAACAGAAUGAAACUGAUCGCCGCGAAGACGUGCCAAGUGCAAUGAACAGAAUCCCGAUACCGCUUGUCACUAGGAGUACACUUGAAGUUGUCAUACCGGAGCAUGCAGUGCCAAAGCUUAUAACAAAGUCCAAAAAUAAGCUUGCACUUUUCAGUGAGCUGUCUGGUGCCACGGUUACUCUUAUAGAAGAUAGACCAGAGGUGACACAGAAGAUCAUUCAAAUAUCAGGUACACCGGAGCAAGCUGAGAAAGCCCAGAGUUUACUACAAGGCUUUAUUUUGAGCACACAAGAAGACGGACCAUAAGUUAGUCCUCUGAAUAUGCACACACAGGUAAUACAACGGCAACGGAUGUUCGAAUAUAUCUAUGAUUUGACCCAAAAAUGUAUGUUAUCGGAGCUAGAAUGAUUUCAGCCUUUAUCUAAGAAACGAGAAUGCUAAUUAUGUGUGUCUUUUGGCUGGUGUUCUGGAUGAUGAAUUAUCGAGGGAAGGAGCUUCUCUGUAAAUGUUAACGUAAACGGCUCCUAUCCAAGUUUAUGUUUAAAUACUUGAGUAUUGGUGUAUCAAUACAACAAUUGCAGUAAAUUUCCCUUGUCUUUGUGCUUUUA